AUGAUGAACAGUAAUCACCGAAACCCAGCGGCUUCUACGGAAGAGUUGUACGUGUCCUCUUUGUUUCUGGGUGCUCCCUAAUUGCGUGUCUUCGCUUACGAUCUUGUGUCAAGCGGCAGCAGACUCGCCGCUCGUUGGACUCCGAGUUAGGUGCUCGGCGAGUUAUAAUCUACGCAGCACUCUUUGCGCGCAGUAGUUUCCCAUUCACCCAUUUUUUUGUCGUCAUUGCUCUACAGCACCACUAACGUACUAAUAACCAUAUUGUUCUAUGAGCUAGGAAACAAGCCAUAUGACUUGCUACCUCCGCUCAGUGCGUUGCUAGACCAACAAGAUCGCGAGCUAUGGGGCCCAAAGUACGACUCCGACGUCCUCACCGGACUUGCUCCACUGCAGGGUUCCGAAAUUAGAGCAACUUUGAUAUAA